AUGAAGAGCCCAGCCUCUGGCCACAUGUGGAGCAUUGUGUCGGUCUUGCCCUCGCUACUGGCUGUGCUUCAGACCACCACUGCCACGAAGAAUGGCAUCGACAUCUACAGCCUGACGGUAGACUCCCGGGUGUCUUCCCGAUUUGCCCAUACUGUUGUUACCAGCCGGGUGGUCAACAGAGCCAGUGAUGCUCAAGAAGCUACCUUCCAAAUAGAGCUACCCAGGAAAGCCUUCAUCACCAACUUCUCCAUGGUCAUUGAUGGCGAGACCUACCCAGGGAUUGUCCAAGACAAGGCUGCAGCCCAGGAGCAGUACAGUGCCGCAGUGGCCCGGGGAGAGAGCGCUGGCCUCGUCAAGACCACUGGGAGACAGACAGAGCAGUUCCAAGUGUCAGUCACCGUGGCUCCUAAUGCCAAGAUUACUUUCGAACUGGUAUACCAGGAACUGCUCAGGCGGCAACUGGGAACAUAUGAGCUCCUCCUCAAAAUAAAGCCACAGCAGCUGGUCAGGCACCUUCAGAUGGACAUCCACAUCUUCGAGCCUCAGGGUAUCAGCUUCUUGGAGACAGAGAGCACCUUCAUGACCCAGGAGCUGGCAGAUGCCCUUACCACCUCACAGAACAAGACCAAGGCACACGUCCGGUUCAAACCAACACUCUCCCAGCAGCAAAACUCUCAACAUGAGCAGGACACAAUCCUGGACGGGAACUUCAUUGUCCGCUAUGAUGUGGACCGGUCUGUCUCGGGGGGCUCCAUUCAGAUUGAGAACGGCUACUUCGUGCACCACUUUGCCCCUGAGGACCUUCCUACAAUGCCCAAGAAUGUGGUCUUUGUCAUUGAUAAAAGCGGAUCCAUGUCAGGCAAGAAAAUCCAGCAGACUCGAGAAGCCCUAAUCAAGAUCUUGAAUGACCUCAGCCCCAAAGACAAGUUCAACCUCAUUGUAUUCAAUGAGGAAAUAACCCAAUGGAUGCCAUCCCUGUUGGAAGCCUCAAAAGAGAACUUGAAGGAGGCCACAAUCUACGCUUCCAAGAUCGACGCUCUGGGAGGGACCAACAUCAAUGACGCGAUGCUAAUGGCUGUGAGGCUGCUGGACACCAGCAACCAGGCUGAGCUACUGCCCUCGGGGAGUGUCUCCCUCAUCAUCCUGCUCACGGACGGGGAACCCACCUCGGGGGAGACGAAUCCCGCAACUAUCCAGAAGAACGUUCAUGAAGCCAUCAACAACAAGUACAGUGUCUUCUGCUUGGGCUUCGGGUUUGAUGUCCACUAUCCUUUCCUGGAGAAGCUGGCACAGGACAAUGGUGGCCUGGCCCGGCGCAUCUAUGAGGACUCAGACUCUGCACUGCAGCUCCAGGACUUCUACCAUGAAGUAGCCAACCCGCAGCUAUUGGCAGUGACCUUUGAAUACCCCAGUGAUGCUGUGGAGGUGGUCACGCAGGACAGGUUCCGACACCACUUUAAGGGCUCAGAGAUGGUGGUGGCUGGGAAGCUCCAGGACCAGGGCCCUGAUGUCCUCUCAGCCAAAAUCACUGGGCAGAUGCAUAUGCAGAACAUCACUUUCCAAACGGAGGCCAGCGUGGCCCAAAAGGAGGAGGAGUUCCAGAGCCCCAAAUACAUCUUUCACAACUUUAUGGAGAGACUCUGGGCAUUACUGACCAUAAACCAACAGCUGGAGCAGAGGUCUUCAGCAUCAGGUGACGAGUUAAAGGCCCUUGAGUCCCAAGCUCUGAAUCUGUCACUCACAUACAAUUUUGUCACUCCUCUUACACAUAUGGUGGUCACCAAACCUGAAGGCCAAGAGCAAUUUCAAGUUGCUGAGAAGCCUGUGGAAGCCGAUAACGGACGAAGGAAUGUCUUCUUAGGAGCAUCCAAAGUUCCUGUGGUUUCAAGUCAAGCUGUGUUACGAAGCAUGGACAAAGAUAAAGAAAGCGCCACACCAGAUGAAGCCCCCCCGCCAGCCCACUUGCAGGCUCCUGCUGUCAUCUUGCCGCUUCCUGGAUCCAGUGAGGGCCAGCUCUGUGUGGACAUCACACGUUCUCACGUGCCCAUGAAGCUGUUCAUAGACCCUGGUCAAGGGCUUUUGGUGGCAGGUGUGUAUGAGAAUGGCAUUUUCUCAUGGAUCAGUGUGCGCAUCCAAGAGCCUCCCCUUUUUGUGGAGGCAACCCCUAAACACUUGGUGGUGACUCGGGACCGAAAAAACACCGCGUACAAGUGGAAGCAGACACUGUACUCUGCAUUACCUGGCUUGAAGAUAACCAUGGACAAGACGGGGCUCCUGCAGUUCAGUGGCCCAGACAGAGUAAACAUUGCCCUCUUGCCUGUGGAUAACCCUCAAGAUGGAUUGAUACUCCUUGUGAAUGACACUCAACACUUCUCCAACAGCACUGAUGGAGAACUCGGUCAGUUUUACCAGACUAUCAUCUGGGACCCACCAGGUGGACCAGAUAACACGGUACGGACUCUCAGAGUUCAGGGAACAGAGUACUCUGCUACUAGACAGCUCAAGUUGAAAUACCCAGAAACAGAGAUUUCCUGCUGGACCGUGAAGAUCUAG